AUGACCGGUGAUCUCAUGAUUGAGGUCACCGGUGACUCUAUGGCCGAGAAGGCAGAUGCCCUCUCGGCCAGAAUGAAGGAGGUUCUCCGGGAUACGGGGGUCAUCGUUCGCCGCCCGGCGCGCAAGAGCGACUUGCGCGUCUCGGGAUUUGAUGGCUCCGUAUCCCUGGAGGAAUUAAAGGCGGCCCUGGCGUCGGCCGGAAAUUGCCGGGAGGCGGAGAUCCGUUUGGGCAAGGCUCGGACUCUGCCUUCCGGCUUAAGAAGAGUCUGGGUGCAGUGCCCCGUGGCUGUUGCCAAGAAAUUG